AUGGCCACGGCAGUCGCUGCGACUCGGGCGCCCGACAAGAUCGAAGAAAACUCCAGUGAUGGCUCGAAGCUCAGGACAUUUAUUACCAUUUUGAAGAAGUUCAUUGGUGUCGCUGACCUCGCUAACGUCCGCUUCUCCCUUCCUUCUCAGCUUUUGGAACCUACUCCCAACCUCGAGUACUGGAACUAUCUCGAUGCCCCGAAUGCCUUUGUCGCCAUCGGCACGUCCGACGAGCCGCUCGAUCGUAUCCUCGAGGUCUUGCGGUUUUGGUUCACAAAGGAUUUGAAGUAUGUGAAGGGAAGGCCUUGCAAGCCUUAUAAUUCUUGCCUCGGCGAGUUCUUCAGGUGUAACUGGGAAACUGAGAACAAUGCGCCGCUCAUCUGCACUAAUACCCUCAAGGGCACUGCCAGCGGAGCCUCAAGUGUAAAAUCUAGCAAGUCCGGCUCCGGCUCCGGUUCUCCCAAGAAUGUCUCGACCGUCUCCCUCUCCGUCCCUCAACACCCACUCGAGCCGCGCCCCGAACACCUGGUCAGGGUAUCCUACCUGACCGAGCAGACCUCCCACCACCCCCCCGUCAGCGCUUUCCACAUCAGCUGCCCCGAGAGGGGACUCACGGCCCGAGGCUUCGACCAGAUCUCGGCCAAAUUUACGGGUACCACGAUCAAGGUGUCCCCUGGCGAGCAUAACAUGGGCAUCUUUAUUACUCUUGACAAGAGGGACGGGGAGACGUAUCAGCUCACGCACCCGGCGGCGCAUCUUGGUGGAUUCUUUAGGGGUAGCCUGAACGUGUCCGUCUCUGAGGUUGCGUACAUUACCUGUCCCCAGACGAAGCUCAAGGCCAUUUUGAGCUACGUAGAGGAGGGCUGGCUUGGAAGGACUACCAACAAGGUUCACGGUGUCAUUUUCCAUUAUGACCCCGAGAAUGACGACAAGACUCGCAUCCAGGAUGUCCCUGACAAGGAUGUCCUCGCACGGUUAGGUGGUCCUUGGAGAGAGAAGGUUGUCUUGACUCUAGGUCCCAAACCCUUGGCCUCACAUCCCGUCGAGGACCAAUACACCAUCAUCGACAUGGCCCCCCUCUCCGUAGCCCCCAAGGUCCUCCCCCCUCGCGAGAAACAACUCCCCAACGAAUCCCUCACCCUCUGGGCCGGCGUCACCAACGCCAUCGUGUCAAAACAGUACUCCAAGGCCACCACCGUCAAGAUAGAGCUCGAAGAGGAACAGCGCGAGAAGGCACGGCAGCGAGAGCGGGACAAUGUCGAGUGGCAGCCCGUCUUCUUUACCCAUGUCACGGGUAAUGGUGGUAGGCCCGAUUUGACGGAUAAGGGGAAGGAGGUGUUGAAGAGGGCGCAGGAGGGCAGGUGGGAGUUGGAUGACGUCCUGUGA